AUGGUUUCCACCAGGCACAACUCUUCAUCAGCGAAGCUUUCUACACCGUCGCCGGUGCCAAGCAGUAAGCAUCUCAAGGCGGAGAACUCGCAUCCGAAAGAGGUGCCCGUAGCACCCAGGGAUGACGUGCUCAACUCGAAAGAAUUGGCGUUGUCGUCUUCACAAUACCAGCUCCCCUCUGAUCCGGCGACUGGUUCUGUGGAAGAUCCGGCGACCGGUUCUGUGGAAGAUCCGGCGACCGGUUCUGUGGAAGAUCCGGCACCGGCUGAAACCCCAGCUUCCAAUCUAGAUGCCUUCCAUCGACAAACCGGUCGCGAUGCCACCUCCUUCACCAGGUUUGUAUCCCGAGUUCUGCGUGUGCCACUUGGGGAGAACGAUGAUUGUGAAAACCUGCUUUCCUUAAUCUUUUUCCGUUUUGCUUACCCUGGGCUUGUAGGUUCUGCGCCGACGGAGCUGGAGAAAUUGAAGACAGUGCCAUCGACAUGGAAUAAUAGGUCGAAGAAAAGGACACCUAAUUUGGAAUCGUUGACUGCAUGGAGAAGACUUAUAUCACAGUAUCCACAGAGGAAGCCUGGCAACCGGAUGCGACUUAUUGUUGUGGUUGGUUCCGAGUAUGUUGGAGAAUGCUUUCAAUGUGCGAAUUCUGACCAGUUAGUUACUUCAUACAUAGAAGCUCUCAAGCACAAACUAACUAAAAGUGCACUUGUUACUACCAAACCAUUGGAUUUAAUUCAUUGUCAUAUAUAUCGUGUACCUGCUGUCGCAGGGGCAUCAAUAUUGGCGUCUCUAUCAAACCUUGGGAAUGAUCUGUCACUUCUUCCUCCACCUUCCCAAAGUAAUGAGGAUGCCCAACAAGCAAUAGGGAGACCAGCAUUAUCUACUGCCUUUGAAUUACCAGACGAUUCUGUUCCCAUGCUUGAUAUCAAUACCUGCACCAGGAAAGACAGUGCUGAUCAAAAUUCUGGAACUGAUGUGCCCCUAGAUGAUAAUGCACCCGCACCAGCUGAACACACAUCCAGUGUAGAUCUUAAUGUUGGCAACAUUGAUCGUGGUAUGAAUGCAGAUAAUGGCAGAUGGAACUUUAAGUCCAUUUCACAUAAAAAAUUUAUGCGUAUGCUGAAGGAUACAGUUGACAUUGAUCCAGGUGGGUCCUUUUUCAAACAAUUACGUGAAGAUAGAAAGGAGAUGUUUAAGGAUUCUGAAUCAUCAACACUUUUGCCAAUGUCUGCUAAAUGUCAAGCUUUUAAGGACAACAUGCGCGAGGGAAUUUUGGAUGGUUCAGACAUAUAUCAGGAGACAUUGGCACAAGCACUUGCCAACUUUUUUGGUUCCAAAUUGCUUAUAGUAGAUGCAAACUCAUUACCGAAUGGGCUCUCGGCAAAGGAUUCAGAUGUUAACAAGGAUGGUGUAAGAGUUGAGAAGUUAUCCGGUUCUGUUAAACAUCGUUCUUCACAUUCAGAUGCUGUGCAGCAGAAGAAGCCAACUUCUAGUGUUGAAGCAGAUAUUGUUUGCUCUUCUGCCAUUAACUCGAAAUCCCCCCCGAAACAGGAGGCUUCAGCUGCAUCAUCCAAAACCUAG